AUGUGGACACCGGAAAGUCUUCGGGCAGCUCAACUUGACGAUCCAGACAUCGGCCUGCUCAUACAAUGGAAAACGAAGAAUAGACGACCUCAAGGCAAGGAGGUAUCCAGCUUAUCUCCUGCCCUUAAGGGCUACUUGGUGCAAUGGGACUCUUUGUACCUUCGCGACAAUGUUCUCUAUCGACGCUGGGAGUCCGCUGCGGGUGGCUCUGUCGUCUGGCAACUGGUUCUGCCACACACACUCUGCUCCCACGCAUUUCAACAACUGCACAGCAGUCCAGAAGGAGGACACUUCGGCGUGAAUCGCACGAUAAAGAAGAUUCGCCAACGUUUCUACUGGCUGCAGUGCCACAGUGACGUGAAGCAGUGGUGUCGACAGUGCGACAUGUGCGCCUCCCGUAAAGGACCUCACGCCAAACAGCGAGCACCGCUUCAAGAGCAUGUGACGGGGGCGCCUUUUGAGCACGUUGGCAUUGACGUGCUAGGCCCACUUCCCCGAUCUAAAUCUGGUAACAGGUUUUUGCUAGUCAUUGUUGACUACUUUACAAAGUGGCCGGAGGUUAUUCCAAUUCCAAACCAGACCGCCCCUGAAAUUGCUGACGCCCUGCUUUCUCUAACACUCCUCAUCAUGGCUGUUGCCGGCGCCCUUGCCGGCGUGCUCGGAGGCUACGGGAACCACGGGCGCUACGAGGUUACCGAGGCUACCGAGGCUGCGGCGGCCAGGGCGGUUAGGGCGGCUACGGCGGCUACGGCGGCCACUGCGGCCACGGCGGCCACGGCGGCUACGAAGGCUAUGAAGGCUAAGCCGGCUACGAAGGCUACGCCGGCCACGAAGGCAACGCCGGCAACGAAGGCUACGGCGGCAACGGCGGCAACGGCGGCUACGGCGGCUAGGGCUCCUAGGGCGGCUAGGGCGGCUACGGCGGCCACGGCGGCUACAGCAGCUACGGCGGCUACGGCGGCCACGGCGGCCACGGCGGCCACUGCCGCGACGGCGGCCACGGCGGCCACGGCGGCCACUGCGGCGACAGCGGCGACGGCGGCCACAGCGGCCCCUGCCGCGACGGCGGCCACGGCGGCCACUGCGGCGACGGCGGCGACGGCGGCCACGGCGGCCACGGCGGCCACGGCGGCCACGGCGGCUACGGCGGCUACGGCGGCCACGGCGGCUACGGCGGCUACGGCGGCCACGGCGGCCACUGCGGCCACGGCGGCCACGGCGGCCACGGCGGCAACGGCGGCCACGGCGGCCACGGCGGCCACGGCAGCUACGCCGGCUAACCCUGGCUACGGCGACUACAGCGGCUACGGCGGCUACGGUGGCCACAGCGGCUUCGGGCGCGGAUAUGGAAGCAGUCUGAGUCAUGGAGGACUGUAA